AUGUUAAACAGCUUUCGAAAUGCUAUCUGCAGCGACAACGACAUAAAACGGGUGAUUGGGGUCCAGUACCCAGAGGACGAGGAAUUAUCUGUACCUGAGCUUGCCGACUUUGUCUCCACGCAAUACCUUUCCCUUCUCAGGAAUGACUCACGCGGCUAUGUCGUCGUCAGUCAAAGCUUCUCCGGUCACGUUGGCAUGAAUCUUGCGCAUCAUCACACCCCUGGCCAAAUGAUCGGUCAGGUCUUUGUUAACGCGUUUGCGUCGCCACCCGGUCCAUCCUGGAUACACAACGGGCGACUGCAAGUGCCUGCUAACUUUUUCGAGCGACAACCCCCGCCGUGGAUGGUCAGCCGAAUGUUCCUGGGUGCUGGCGGUUCAGGCAUGCAUAUUGUGCAAGCCGCUGGCGCCAAAGUGGAGCCGCGUGUUAUGAGACAGCGUCUGGACAUCUGUUUGGCCCAUGACUCGUGGUCCACAUGGCGCUGCCCUGACCUUCUGCCAGGAGAAAGCACCUUGUACCUUCGCGGUGAAGCUGACGCAAUUGUCGCAAACGAAGCAGCGGAGCGAAUGCGUGAGGCGCGGCCGGAUAUCCUUUGGGAGCGCGUGCCUGAUGGCCCGCACCUUCUUUUGCAGCGGUUCGGCAGACCGGCAGCAAGGGCCGUGCAUACGUUUUGUGAGCGCCUUUCGAACCAAUAA